AUGACAUUUAUCUUUCAGGUGAAACAGGCGACCAACCAAAUUGUGAUGAACUGUGCUGACAUUGACAUUAUCACAGCUUCCUAUGCGCCUGAAGGAGAUGAAGAGGUACAUGCCACAGGGUUCAACUAUCAAAAUGAGGAUGAAAAAGUUACUCUCUCCUUUCCCAGUACUCUUCAGAAAGGGACAGGGACACUAAAGAUAGACUUUGUAGGGGAGCUGAACGACAAAAUGAAAGGGUUUUACCGAAGUAAAUACACCACCCCCACCGGAGACACCCGCUAUGCUGCUGUCACCCAGUUUGAGGCUACUGAUGCUCGCAGAGCUUUCCCUUGCUGGGAUGAGCCUGCUAUCAAGGCAACAUUUGAUAUCUCUUUGGUGGUUCCUAAGGACAGAGUAGCUUUGUCAAAUAUGAACGUGCUGGACCGGAAGCCCUACCCGGACGACGAGAACCUGGUGGAAGUCAAGUUCGCUCGCACCCCCAUCAUGUCCACCUACCUGGUCGCCUUUGUGGUGGGAGAGUAUGACUUUGUAGAGGCCAGGUCCCUUGAUGGGGUCCUGGUGCGUGUCUACACUCCUGUGGGCAAAGCAGAACAAGGAAAGUUUGCAUUAGAGGUUGCUGCUAAAACUCUGCCUUUUUAUAAGGACUACUUCAAUGUUCCUUACCCUCUUCCUAAAAUUGAUCUCAUAGCUAUUGCAGACUUUGCUGCUGGUGCCAUGGAGAACUGGGGCCUUGUUACUUAUAGGGAGACUGCAUUGCUCAUUGACCCCAAAAAUUCCUGUUCUUCAUCUCGCCAGUGGGUUGCUCUGGUUGUAGGACACGAACUUGCUCAUCAGUGGUUUGGAAACCUUGUGACUAUGGAAUGGUGGACCCAUCUCUGGCUGAAUGAAGGGUUUGCCUCCUGGAUUGAGUACCUGUGUGUGGACCACUGCUUCCCAGAGUAUGACAUCUGGACUCAGUUUGUUUCUGCUGAUUACACACGAGCUCAAGAGCUUGAUGCCUUAGACAACAGUCAUCCCAUUGAAGUCAGUGUUGGCCAUCCCUCUGAAGUAGAUGAAAUAUUUGAUGCUAUUUCUUACAGCAAGGGAGCAUCUGUGAUCCGAAUGCUGCACGACUACAUUGGGGAUGAGGACUUCAGGAAAGGAAUGAAUUUGUAUCUAACGAAGUUCCAGCAGAAGAAUGCUGCAACAGAGGACCUUUGGGACAGCCUGGAAAAAGCCAGUGGUAAACCUAUUGCUGCUGUGAUGAACACAUGGACCAAACAAAUGGGAUUUCCACUCAUUUACGUGGAAGCUGAACAGCAAGAUGAUGACAAAGUGUUGAAGUUAGUCCAGAAGAAAUUCUGUGCCAGUGGACCAUAUACUGGGGAGGAUUUCCCCAUGUGGAUGGUCCCCAUCAGUAUUUGUACAAGUGAUGACCCCACCCGUGCCAAAAUGCAAAUAUUGAUGGACAAACCAGAGCUUACCUUGGUCUUGAAAGAUGUCAAACCAGAGCAGUGGGUGAAGUUAAACCUGGGAACAGUCGGGUUUUACCGUACUCAGUACAGCCCUGACAUGCUGGAGAGUUUAAUACCAGCCAUCAAAGACCUCUCCCUACCCCCCGUGGACAGGCUUGGCCUGCAGAAUGAUCUUUUCUCUCUGGCCCGAGCUGGAAUCAUUAGCACUGUAGAGGUUCUAAAAGUCAUGGAAGCUUUUGUGAAUGAGCCCAAUUAUACUGUGUGGAGCGACCUCAGCUGUAACCUGGGAAUUCUCUCAACUCUCUUGUCCCACACAGACUUCUAUGAGGAGAUCCAGGUGUUCGUGAAAGAUGUCUUUUCACCCAUAGGGGAGAGACUGGGAUGGGACCCCAAACCUGGAGAGGGUCAUCUAGAUGCCCUUCUGAGAGGUCUGGUCUUGGGCAAACUGGGCAAAGCUGGGCACAAGGCAACAUUAGAAGAAGCCCGACGCCGAUUUAAGGAUCAUGUGGAAGGAAAACAUGUUCUCUCAGCUGACCUGAGGAGUCCUGUAUAUGUAACUGUUUUGAAGCAUGGAGAUAGUGCUACCCUAGACACUAUGCUGAAGCUUCACAAGCAAGCAGACAUGCAGGAGGAGAAGAACAGGAUUGAACGAGUUCUUGGAGCCAUCUCUCAACCAGAACUGAUUCAAAAAGUUCUCACCUUUGCACUUUCAGAAGAGGUACGUCCCCAGGACACAGUAUCUGUUAUUGGUGGAGUAGCUGGAGGCAGCAAGCAGGGCAGGAAAGCUGCUUGGAAAUUUGUAAGGGAUAAUUGGGAGGAACUUUAUAAUCGAUACCAAGGAGGAUUCUUAAUAUCCAGACUAAUAAAGCUAACAGUGGAUGGAUUUGCAAAUGAUAAAAUGGCUGCAGAAGUUAAGGCCUUCUUCGAGAGCCACCCGGCGCCCUCGGCCGAGCGCACGGUCCAGCAGUGCUGCGAGAACAUCCUGCUCAACUCGGCCUGGCUGAAGCGCGACGCCGACAACAUCCACCUCUUCCUCCUGCAGCGCCAGGUCCCCCCCCCGGCCACCGUGUGA